CUUGUGAAAUUGGAAGCAAAAUAAACCCCGGCUGAAAUAAACCUUCCUUUAAAAAAGGAGACACCAAAUAAAAAUGGAUUCUAAAACUGAAUCUGUUCAAGAGGAUUCAGGGCUCAAUCAGGGUAUCAAAAGAAAACCUGAUAAUACCACCAACAAUGAGCAUAACUCUGACGACGAAAGCAGUCCCAACAAACGCCCGAAGGAGGACGAUCCUGUCGUUUCCAUAAAAACUGAACCUAUCUCGGAAGACCCAGUCAAAAUAAAAAGCGAACCUGUUGAUAAAGAUGACAAAGCCACGACUUCCGUUGCCUCCACAAGUGAUGCUCCUGAAAUAAUGAUCAAAACAGAACCCGCUGAAUCUGCGACUUCAGUAGCUUCCACGAGUGAUCCUCCCGAAAUAAUGAUCAAAACAGAACCAGCUGAAUCUACGACCCCAGUUGCUUCCACCAGUGAUCCUUCUGAAAUAAUAAUCAAAACAGAACCAGCUGAAUCCUCAACGAAUUCCGUAAAAACGGAACCUUCUUCCACUGCAGAUCCUUCAGCAGCAGCUGUAACCACUAAUGGUCAAUCCGCAGGCGAUUCGUCUGUGUCCUCAAGCAGCGCAAGGCCCUCCUGCCGUUUUGGAAUUCGUUGUUACAGACGCAAUCCAGUCCAUAAAAGUGCUGAAGCUCAUCCUGGAGAUGCCGACUAUCGACGACCGGACUUCCCGGAACCGCCCCUAGGCACCCCACCUUGUCCCUUCGGCAAUGCUUGUUACCGCCGCAAUCCAAUUCACUUUCAACAGCACUCGCAUCCUCCAGACUUCAAUUCCGCCCAGAACAUUCGCAAUCGUCUCCGCCAACGGGAAGCCAAAAACCAGCAACAAGAUUAUGCUUCAGAGGACGAGGAGGAGGAUGAGGAAGAGGAUCCCUUUGCUGAUAAUAAUUGUGAAGAUGCAGACUAUCGUCCAGGUGCGGAUGUAGACGACGAUGAUGAGGAGGAUGAGCUAGAGUUCGACAGUCAGCGGAUCAACAGCGAUGAUUACGAUUAAAUAGGUGGAACUGUAUUUCCAUUCCAUCCCUUUUUUAGGGUUUAUUGUUAAUCUAUUCUAGACUAAGUUGUUUCAAAUACCAAAUUACUUAAUAUAUAUUAUAAACAUA